AAAUUUGUUUACAUACGUCGACCCGGUCUCUGGUCAUACACAUGGUACGUGUGAGUGAAAACAUACUCGCGGGCCCAAGUACUUGAGCUGUAUAAAACAACUAGCAUGCUAACCAAUAUUUAGAUCGGUAUAACCUAACCAAGCUAUUUAUAGCAAUUUUAGAAAAUCCCGGCGCACAUUACUUUCGAUAUUGCAACCUGGAAGGAUUCAUUAAAUCGACAUUUUAUUUGGUUAAUGGGACCGGCAAAGUAAAACGCAAAUACCACACUGCAGUAUAUCGCAACAAUGGCGGGUGAAAUGGAUGGAAAGUUGACGGAGGCGAAAAUGGAUGUUUUGGAGAUUAUGAUCGGGUCUGGUCCGAAGACGUUCACGUUGAUCUACAGCAUCACGCGCGACGGCUGCAAUACGACGACGUUCCACCAGAAGUGUGACAACCAGGGACCUACCAUCACCGUCUUGUACAACCCGCAGGGUUCCGUCUACGGGGGAUAUGCAGGCUUGUAUUGGAAUAGUAACGGAGCGUUUAUCAAUGACCCGAAAGCAUUCUUGUUUCAAUUGAAGGCUUCAGGAAAAAAAGUGGAAAGGAGAUUCAAUAUAAAAGAUUUCGGCAAUGCGUACUACGGGGACGGUUCGUAUGGGCCAACAUUUGGAGAGGGACAUGAUUUGUACACGUUCAACGGCACGAUAAAUCCAUCGAACGGCGUGUUUGCUCUGAAUGGCAGUUCGAACUUUGGCUACACUUACGACAUUCAUGGAUUGCAAGCAGCUGAUAUCACGAACGGGAACAUGAAUGUCACGGAACUAGAAGUGUACAAAAUUACAGAAGGCGCAAGACGACUUGUUCUUCCGAAUCCAUGGCGAAAAUCUCCCGAAUGGAACAAAAACUUCCUCCAAGAGCUUUCACAGGAAGUUGAGUCCCUGAAACCGCCAGACGACCUAAAGAUUCAAGAAUUUCGAAUUCUGCUGCUUGGCCCCGUGGGAUCUGGGAAGUCCAGCUUCUGUAACACUGUGACUUCGGUCUUCCGGGGGAGAAUCACGCAAACAGCCAAUUGCGGGAAGGCGGCGCACAGCAUUACUUCUGUGUACAAGCCGUUCAUUGUGCGUACAAAAAAGGGUGGGCGUCUGCACUUCCGGUUGUGUGAUAGCCCGGGGAUGGAGGAGAGCCAGGGACUCGAGGCUGUGGAGACCAACUUCUUGUUGGACGGACACGUGCCGGAAAUGUAUGAGUUCAACCCAGCAACCCCUAUCUCCAUGAGCGACCCCGGUUUUAUCGUAAAGCCGGGCCUCAGCCAGCGUGUCCAUUGUGUGGUGUACGUGCUGGACGCUACUACAGUGGAGGACAUAUCGGCCAACAUGAAAGACAAACUCAGUAGGCUCAGGAAGCUCGGAAACCAGAAAGAAAUUCCCCAAGCUGUUCUGUUGACCAAGAUCGACCUUGUUGAUACGGAAGUGGCGGGAAAUCCCGGGAGCGUGUUUACGAGCGGAAACGUAGAGAACAAGGUGCGCGCUGCUUCGGAACUCUUCGGUCUACCAAGAAACCACGUGCUCCCGGUCAAGAACUACGAGGAUGAGAUGUUGCUGGAAGAUGGCGUCAACAUUCUGGCGCUGCUGGCCCUCCGCCAGGUGUUGUACUUCGCCGAGGACUUCCUGGAGUCGUGUCACAUUUCAGAAGAGGGCCGGGAGACGAUAGUGAGCGAUACCGAGAACGCCUCAGAGGCUUUCUGAUUAAAACCAAAUAUCACGUGUGCUGCCUGAUGAGUUGCCCACAUUUUAUCCACCAUUCAAUUGAUAAACAAUUAAGCCUGAACGAUCAAAAAUAUUUGCACAUUUCUUGACAUUUGUAUGCCAGUAAAACGAUACUGAAAUAUACCAUAGUGUUGAGUCAUACAUUUUAACCUAAAUUCGGAAGCCUCGAACAUAUUUCUGCACACCGAAGUAUAUGAGCUCGUGUGAUAAUGAAGUGUAUUCAAUUCAUGUUCCGAAAUAAA